GUUCUAAUGCUAAGAACGUAUUGGUAUACUAAUUUAUGUUUUGUAUUUCAGGGUUGUAGCGAUAUGAUGAGUGUGUAAUUGUUUUGUAUUACUUAAUUUUUCAGUUACAAAUGCAAUUUUAGAACUUUAUCAGGCUUUCAAAUCAAUUUGUUUAAUAGAAAUUGUCAUAGCAUGAGUUGUCAUCUUACACAUCAACUGAUCAAGUGAAGGCAGUCUGAGGUCAUAAGAAAAAUCAUACUUACGUUUACAGACUUCAUUUUAUUGUGAGAACUCAUUACAACUGUUAGGCUUGCAUAGCUCUUUCUGAAACGUCGCUUCACUCAAUCUCCAUUCAGGUUGUGAAGAUCCUUUGUUAGUACAGUCUAUUGAAACCUACGUAAUGCUGCACAUGGAAGACGAUCUAAAGCAAUAUUUAUCUAAAUAUCAGAAUCCAGACAUUACAAGACGAGAUGUAAUGAAUACAAUGAAACACUAUAGAAACCUUACUCCUAAGAGGGAACCAUUUGUUUUCAAUGAUGGGAGUAAGAUGGAGCUGUUCAACCUUGAAGGGACAAUCCCUGUAUCUUACAAAGGCUCUAUGUACAAUAUUCCCAUAUGUAUCUGGUUGAUGGACACGCAUCCUAAUAAUGCCCCGAUAUGUUACGUGAAGCCAACGCCUGAUAUGCAGAUCAAAGUGUCAAUGUAUGUGGACAAUAAUGGCAAGAUAUAUUUGCCAUAUCUUCAUGAUUGGACACCUGUUUCAUCAGACCUUCUAGGUUUGAUUCAGGUCAUGAUAGUGACUUUUGGAGAGCAACCUCCAGUGUAUGCCAAGAAACGUUCUGAUAUGGCCUCCGCCACUCCAUACCCUACACAGUCUUACAUGCCAAUGCCUGGUGCAGGUGUAGGGCCCAUGACAGCAAUGUAUCCUCCAUACCAAACUGGUUCAGCUUAUCAGCCACCUACAUCCAAUCAAUAUUCCUACCCACCUUAUCCUGCUGCUGUAUACCCUAAUUUCCCUUCAACUUCGUACCCUUAUCCACCUACAUCUGUUAAUGCUUUUACUGGAUACCCACCUAGUUACCCAGCACCUCCACAGUCAGCAAAAAUCUCGUCACCGUCACCAGUAAAUGCAACUAACAAUUCAGGUGGCGCUACAGAUACCAUUGAUACAAAGCACAUCAGGGCUUCCCUUUUGUCUGCUGUGGAAGAUAAGUUACGCAGACGUCUGGGAGAGCAGUUCUUCCAGGCCCAAGCUGAAUUGGAAACUCUGAGCCGUACCCAACAAGAAUUAACACAAGGCAAAAACAAGUUGGAGGAUAUCCUGGCACGACUAGAAAAAGAACAGGUUGAAUUAGAUAAAAACAUAACUAUUCUUAAAGACAAAGAGCAAGAACUGGAUAAAGCCAUUGAACUCAUGUCAGAGCAGCAGCCGAUUGAUGUGGAUGAAGCUGUUACCACAACAGCACCACUUUAUAAACAAUUGUUGAAUGCUUUUGCUGAGGAGGCUGCCACAGAGGAUGCUAUAUACUACAUGGGAGAAGCAUUGAGACGUGGAGUUAUUGAUUUGGACGUGUUCUUGAAGCAGGUUCGAAGCCUGUCACGCAAACAGUUCAUGUUGCGUGCCCUGAUGCACAAAUGCCGCCAGAAAGCAGGCCUUGCUGGAUGAGAAACAUUGUUUUUAAAUGGUGGUAUUUUGUGAUAAUAUAUAAUUUGUUUCUUUAUAUUGAAGUCACUGAAAGUGAACUCAUUAAUACAGUUUUGUUACAUUUUAUAAGUUCUUUGCCAUAAACCCACCUCUGCUAGUCAUCAGUUUUUGUUAAUUUUUGUAUGUGUUCUCUAGGGAUACUAGAAGUGAGGGUGCAAGGGGAAGUAGUUUACCCAACAUAUACAGCAGUUUUAUGACCCAUGGUUUGCCCCCUCAGAUUUAUAACACUUCUUGUAUCUCUUGCCUUUACCUCUUGUGUACUGUUGCACAUUUCAGUUCCCAUUUAUAUUAUAGAACUACACAAAAGUGUUAAACAUGUGUUUAUUUCAUCUCUUGAAAGUCAUGGCCCAUUUUACAUAGGGAGGCUAUUACAUAAUAGUUUUUAUCAUAGUUUGCCUUACAUUAUUACAUAUUAUUUGCAUGUAUCUGACCAUAUGUCAACUACAUUUUAAUUUUCAUUAAAUUUACUGGAUAAAUGAUCAGUAUGUUUCAACAAGUUAUGAGAAAAUUUACAGUUGACAUUCAUGGCGUACCUCUGAACUUGCAUACAUGUACAAUAUCAGUUUAUUUCCAAAGCAGUAAUUACUGAAUGCUUGCAACAGUUACCUCCAUACUUGAAUGCAAUUUGAGUUGUAUGUUUUCAUAGCUGUUACAUUACAGUCACUGGCACUGCACUUAAGGUAUGUUUAUAAUGCCGCAACAUCCAUCUAACUUGAAGAUGGCUGUCUCCUGGGUUGUUGCACCAUGUGGUCUGGUAGAACUGAUCGCCCUGAUGAUGGAGGGAGCAAGGACCUCUGAAAUGUAGGUAAACUUCUACCAGACUAUACAGCAACAACCCACAAGAUGGCCAUCUUCAGACUUGCUGCCGUGAAAACCUCAAAUCCUCCAUCCAACUUAUUUUCUCCAUUCAACCAUCUGUCAUGGCUGGUAGCCCGAGAAGAAUUUAAUAAACUUAGACGCUUUGCGUCAGAUCAUACAUCCAUCGAACUUGAUUAUGUAUUUUGAUUGUUCUUCCUUUCAUUAAGUGAAAGAAACUGAUGCCAGAGUGAAGAACUGGCUUUGGAAAUAUUUUCAUAUUGAUACACAAGUGGUGAGAUAACAUCACAUUGUUUAGUUUGUGGAUAUGAAAUAUUCCUUUGUGGUGACUGUCGAGAACUGUUUAUAUAAAUACUAAUAUUGAACAUAGUUGUUAAUAAAUCACAUGAACAAUUAUCAAAGACCACAUGGAAACAAGAGAA